UCUGAUCGUUAGGUAGGGCUGCAGUGAUUGAAACGCAGUUGGCGCAGCCUCAUCCAGUCGGAGAUUCAGCUGGCGAAGCAGGGAGGGAGGGAUCUCUCUUGCCCGUACCUUGGCAGAGAAAAAAAGGAGUGGACAGUUGGUGGUUGGCGCCGAUCAAUUUCAAGAAGACCGGCGAGGACGAACAUUAGGACGGUUCUCGAAAUGAAGGUGUCGUUCCCGUCCUUCUCCCCAAUGGGGGCGAUGGCGGCGCUGCUGCUGUUGGUGACGAUGCUCCAGCUGGCCGUGCAUGGACAGGCUGAAGCUCCGCCGGCAAAUUCCGUCAGCAUCGAAGGCUUCUCUUAUAACGGAGAUGGUUGUCCCUCCGGAUCUGCGGAGGGUUCCAUCUCCAGCGACGGCCAGGCGCUGACGGUGAUGUUCAGCAAGUACACUGCAACCACCGAGGGGCGCAUCCAGAAGGAGAUGCGGAAGAGCUGUGUCGUGACCGUCAAGCUUAACUAUCCUCCUGGCUUCGUCUUCACCUUAGGGACGGUGACCAUGCGCGGGUACGGUCAGUUGGACGCCGGCAUCAAGGGCACCAUCAAGACGAGCUACUACAUUUCCGGCCUGCGAGGGACGGCCUCCGCCACGCACAACUUCAACGGCCCGUUCAAUGACAACUACGAGGUGGCCGACGAGUUCAUCGCGGCCGUUGAAAGCACUUGCAACGUGGUAAGGAACCUUCAGCUCAACUCGGAGGUCCGAGUGAAUCCCGGAAAGAUCCCGCCGCCGAGUAACGGACUGCUCACUAUGGACUCGCAAGAUCUCAAGCUCACGCAAAAGUUCUACUUCAAGUGGCGGAGGUGCUGAGCGGAGCGGUGGCGCAACUUAGACAACUAGGGGCCGGAAGGAAGAAAGGCAAGGGGGAGAGGUUUUCUUCACGAUGAAGUAUCAAAUGGGCAUAAAUGACAAGCACUGGCAGGUACGUCUUGCACAGAGUUCAAUGAGGCAAACAAAAAGCCACCAGUACC